AUGGAGAGGUGUUUCGAGUCGGCCGAUUCAAGAAUCUCACCGCGUGGCUCGCUGGCCUCUCCUUUCCUUCCCCGCACCGCAGGCAGCAAGCGCCAAUCCCGACAGUGCGGAGCUGUGGAUGCAGUGAGCGCCAAUCCCGACAGUGCAGAGCUGUGGAUGCAGGUGGGGGUGGAGCGCAAGGCGCUGGGGCAGCACGAGAGGGCGCACGAGGCGUUCAGCUGCGCCCUGCUGCUGCAACCGGGGAAUGUGGAGGCGCUCAAACGACGAGGUGCGUGGGAUGGGAAAGGAGAGGGCAGGGAUGGCGCACGGGGGCUGAGCGCGUUCAACUGCUUCCGCUUCAAGGACGCCCUCAAAGACCUGCUGCCAGCGCUGCACAUGCUGCCCAACGACGCCGACCUCAACCGAGCCGUGGUGAGACUCGAGACAAGCACCCCAGCCCAGCGCAGCCCAGGUGGGCUGCCAGGCCAGGUGGACUGCCAGGCCAGGUGGACUGCCAGGCCAGGUGGACUGGCAGGCAAGGUCAUCCCACUCCACUCCAGCCAUUCUUCCGCUACACCCACGCCUUCUCCUCCUCUGCCUCUCACCACCGCUUCUCCCACCCGCCCUCCCUACUCCCUCCCCGCUACAGCCAUGCCCCUUCCCCCCCAUCCCCUCCCCCCAUACCCGACUUCUCCCUCCUCCCUACUCCCCCACUCUUCCCCCUCUUUCCCCACUUUUCCCUGUUCCCCCCCCCAGGGAUUUGCAUUGGUGCGGUCGAACCAGUUCAGAGCAGCACAGCCGUACCUGGCGCGGGCGGUGGAGCUGCUGCCAGGGGAUGCGGAUGUGCGCAAGGAGAAGGGGCGCCUGCACCGCCUGCUGGGGGAGACGGAUGAGGCUGAGAGGGACCUUCUGCUCUCGCUCCAGCUCGGACAGUAUAUGCGGCUGUACGACGAGCUGCUCUCCUCACCCGUGCAACCGGACGAGCAGACGUCAUACCGCCACAGGACCUUCUUCCAGCGCCACCUGCUCGCCUACACCGUGUCGCGCCUCGACCUGCCCUUCUCUGCCUUCCGCAUUGAUGACGACCUUGAUGAGGAGUGGCGGGUGAGCGUGGGGGGUGAGAGUGGCGGCCCAAUUCCCCGAAUCAUCCCCACUCCUCCCUGCUCUUCCCCUCUCCUCCCCACCUCUCCCUUCCCCCUCUUCUCUCACCCCUUCUGCACCCCCACCUCCCCCUUCUUCCCCCCCCACGGCCGCCAGGACAAGUGGGCGACGGGGGGCCGGCCGGAGGAGCUGCCGGGCUUUGUCCCGCUGGAGAUCCCCGAGCACCAGUUGCAAGCUGCCACGUGGCAGCGCCUGCCGCGCCUGUCAGGGGCGGCAGUGCAGCUGGUGGAAGCGGCGGACGUGAUUGGUGCUCGCACUCACUACGACACCGAUGGCAUGUUGCAUAACACCCAGCAGCUGCGCAUGGCAGGGCUGGCAGCGCUGGACGUGAUGCAGCAGGUGAGGCGCACGCUGCUGCUCAUCGCGGAUCACAUGCGCAUCGCCCCUUUGCUCUUUGGGCCCGACGGGGGGGAUGGGCACGGUGGGGAUGGGGACGGGGGGAAUGGGGACGGGGGGGAUGGGCACGAAGCCACCCUUCUCCUCCCAUGCCCUUCCGUCCCUCGCAUCCCUGCCUUCUUCCUUUCCUCCCUGCCCUCUUCCUUCCCUCCCUGCCCUCUUCCUUCCCUCCCUGCCCUCUUCCUUCCCUCCCUGCCUUCUUCCUUUUCUCACUGCCCUCUUCCUUCCCUUCCUGCCCUUCCUUCUCUGCCUCAGUCCCCAUCACAGGGCGGUGAGCAUCACAGGGCGGUGAGGAUCACAAGGCGGGGCCCGCUGCAGUCAGAGAGGGCGUUUGACGUGCCUCGCCCCACUCUUCCGCCUUCCAUCCCUCCCUUCCCUCCCCCCUUUCUCUCCCGUCCCUCCCUUCCCUUGUGUCACUCACAGGGCGGUGACCGUCACAAGGCAGGGCCUGUUGCAAGCAGAGAGGGCCUGGAGGCAGCGGAGGAUCACGAGGGGCUCUUCAACGUGAUUGGCCGGGACUUCUACGUGCGUCUGCCGUGCUACAGCCGGGCAUUCCCAGGGUUAGUGUGCCUGCCAUGCUACAGCACGCCACAUCACGCUCAAGAUGCUUUCACGCUCAAGAUGCUUUUCCUCUCAAGAUGCUUUCACGCUCAAGAUGCUUUCAUGCCUCAUCUGCGCCCUUUCCCUUACCUCCCAUGCCAGCUGCAUGCACCUGUUCUGCCUCCCAUGCCAGCUGCAUGCACCUGUUCUGCCUCCCAUGCCAGCUGCAUGCACCUGUUCUGCCUCCCAUGCCAGCUGCAUGCACCUGUUCUGCCUCCCAUGCCAGCUGCAUGCACCUGUUCUGACUCUUAA